UGUAUUAAUACAUAUUUUCUUAAUAUUAUAUGGAGUGUAGAAAUAUUUCUACGCUCCAUCAAAAUACACAUGUUCAAAUAGUUUAUUCUUUAUUCACUGUAAAUUUAUAAGUAUUUUAUUGGAUAUGAGUGAGAGCAUCGGAAAGAAGCUCUUUGUAGCCAGAUGCGCUCCUUGCCAUAGUAUAGAGUCAGGAGCCAAGCAUAAAGUGGGACCGAAUCUCUUUGGGUUCUUUGGCAAAAGAUCCUGCACAUCUGAAGGCUUCCGAUACUCCGAUGCUAUAGUGCAAAAAGCAUUCACGUGGGAUGAAGAGACGCUCAACAAGUUUAUAGAAGACCCUAGAAGGACCGUGCCGGGCACUAGGAUGCUGUUCGCUGGCUUGAAGAAAGCACAGGAACGGGAAGAUAUUAUGGCUUUCUUUAGGAAAGUGGCGAAAAGCGAAUAAUAGUUGCGCAAAUUAAAACUCAUUACUUUACAUAUUAACCUAUUGGUCGCCUCGUUCGUUUUUCAUCACGUUCCUAACUUUGUUCGAUUCUGCUUUCGUCAGCCAUUCUUCAUUCGUCAACUUAGUUUGCAGUCGCGUCUUUACCCAUAAUGUGUUGUUGGCCUUUUUCUUAUUUAUUUCGUCAUUUCGUAUUUGAUCACAUUCUAAGUUGGUACCUAAGACUAAGAAGAAACACGAAAAACAUAGAUUUAACAGCGA